CACCACAACACAGCAGCCACCACAAAGCAGCACAACAACCACACACACACCCACCACACACACAACACCAACACAGCCCACCACACACACACAGCCAGCAGCACAACAGCCACACACCA